AUGGUUGAACAACCUUCUCCUUCAAAUGAAAUAAACAAUCAAAAUCAAUUAAGUUUUAUUCAAAAACAUCCAUUAGCAGCUUGUUUAAUUGUUGUUUUUAUUGCAUAUUCAUGUUAUGGAAUAUAUUCAAUUAUUUAUCCACCAACAAAUGGAUAUCAAUCUGCAUAUUUGGAUAACGAACAUAUUUAUUUUAAUGUUUCAUUAAUACAUCAAUCACAAGAACACCAUCUUCUUUCAAAAGAUAUUGAAUAUAAAAAUAUUGAUUCUAUUUCAGAACCUAUUUCAAUACCAUCAAAUUAUCUUUCGUAUAUCAAAUCAAAUCAAAGUAUUAUUAUGAAAGUUAUAGUUAAGCCACUUACAAAAUAUAAUAAUCAACCUUUAAUAUUUAAAAGUCCAAUUCUUAGAACAUUUAAACCAAUACCACAAACUCAUAAUUUAAUGAAUGAAAAUAAUAUAACAACAAGUACUAACGAUUUAAAUUUUACUCUUGGUUGUAUUCCUUAUUUUGAAAUUUCAUUUAUGAACCAAGUUGUUGAUCCUCAUAAUAUUCCACCAGAAUGUGGUAUUAUUCAUUAUAAUGGAAUAAAAAAACGGAUUGCUCCUAUUAUUUUUCACAAUACUUUUUGGUUAAUUAAAGAUUAUUAUACACCAAUUAAUGAUACCAUUCAAAAUUUAAAUAUAUCAUUAAAAAUUACUUCUAUAUCAUAUUUUAAAAUGAUUAUGAUGCAUUCACUUGGUCAUUCUUUUUCUAUGCAUGAACAUAUGGGAACAAUGGCACAAGACCAGAUUGAUGAAUUUAAAAGAAUCUUUAUGGAAACUAAUAUUAUACUUUUAAUUAUAACAACAACAGUAUCAACACUUCAUACUAUUUUUGAUUUUCUUGCUUAUAAAAAUGAUAUUCAAUUUUGGUCAAAACGGGAUCAUUUUGUAGGAUUAUCAAUUAAAUCAAUCUUUGUUAGUCUUGCUAUUGAAAUUAUUGUAUUGCUUUAUCUCAUUGAUAAUGACACUAGUCUCCUCAUUUUAUUAUCAAAUGGUGUUGGACUUCUUAUUACUUUAUGGAAAUUAACAAGAGUUUUUACUUUUAACUUUAAAGAAAAAGGUUCAUUCAUUCAAUACAAAGACCUCUCUUAUCAAAAUUCUAAAACAAAACUUUAUGAUGACAUCGCAUUAAAAUACCUUGGAAUUGCUUGUAUCCCUCUUUGUAUUGGGUAUGCCAUUUAUUCACUUUAUAACAAUGAAUUUAAAUCUUGGUAUUCUUAUAUUCUCUCAUUAUUAGUAGGAUUAGUUUACACUUUUGGCUUUUUACAAAUGACUCCUCAACUGUUUAUCAAUUACAAACUUAAAUCAGUUGCAAAUUUACCUUGGAGAGUAUUUGUUUAUAAGUUUUUGAAUACAAUCGUUGACGAUUUAUUUGCUUUUGUCAUCAAAAUGCCAACUCUUCACAGAAUCGCUUGUUUCAGAGAUGACGUUAUUUUCUUGAUUUAUUUGUACCAACGCUGGAUUUAUCCAGUUGACAAAAACAGAAUGGAUUCCUUACAAUGGGAAGACGAUGAACCAAUGACCUUGAAGGCUGAUAACUCUUCCUCAAAUUUCCAUGAAAAGCAAGAAUAA